AUGGCGGACAGAGACAGCGGCAGCGAGCAGGGCGGCGGCGGCGGGGGCGCGGCGGGCGCCGGGGGGCCGGGCUCGGGCGGCGGCGGCGGCGGCGGCGGCGGCCCGGGCGGCGGCCUGCAGCACGAGACGCAGGAGCUGGCCUCCAAGCGGGUGGACAUCCAGAAUAAGCGCUUCUACCUGGACGUCAAGCAGAACGCCAAGGGCCGCUUCCUCAAGAUCGCCGAGGUGGGGGCGGGCGGCAACAAGAGCCGCCUGACCCUCUCCAUGUCGGUGGCCGUCGAGUUCCGCGACUACCUGGGCGACUUCAUCGAGCACUACGCGCAGCUGGGGCCCAGCCAGCCCCCCGAGCUGGCGCAGGCGGCCGACGAGCCCCGGCGGGCGCUCAAGAGCGAGUUCCUGGUGCGGGAGAACCGCAAGUACUACAUGGAUCUGAAGGAGAACCAGCGCGGGCGCUUCCUCCGCGUCCGCCAGACCGUCAACCGCGGCCCGGGGCUGGGCUCCACGCAGGGCCAGACCAUCGCCCUGCCGGCCCAGGGCCUGAUCGAGUUCCGCGACGCCCUGGCCAAGCUCAUCGACGACUACGGGGUGGAGGAGGAGCCGGCCGAGCUGCCCGAGGGCACCUCCUUGACUGUGGACAACAAGCGCUUCUUCUUCGACGUGGGCUCCAACAAGUACGGCGUCUUCAUGCGGGUGAGCGAGGUGAAGCCCACCUACCGCAACUCCAUCACCGUCCCCUACAAGGUCUGGGCCAAGUUCGGCCACACCUUCUGCAAGUACUCGGACGAGAUGAAGAAGAUCCAGGAGAAGCAGCGGGACAAGCGCGCCGCCGCCGCCGCCGCUCCCCCCGCGGGCGCCGGGGCCGAGCCGCCCCCGGAGGCCGAGGCCGCCGCCGCCGCUGCCGCCGCCGCCGGGCCGCCCGGCGCCCUGCUGCAGGCCGAGGAGCCCGAGGAGGACUGACCGCCCGCCCCCCGGGACGCG